UCGCUGCUCUUGCUCAUACAGACACACACUUCUGAUCACAGUGCUGUCAGUUAGUGCCGCGCCGCGGUCACGAAACACACAAUUUAAACUCAAUUAUUUAUAUAAAUAUAUACAGUUUACCAAAAUAUUGUUUAUUAUAAAAUAAUUACUCAUGUACAUAAAAUUAAAACCUAUUACGAAUUAUAGUUAACCAAUGUCAUGGGCAUUACACGAACUGUAUCUCACAUUUUCUCAAGGUCGUUUAUAAUCAUAACAAUGUGAAUUUUUGUGCACUGUGAUUCUUUGUGAUUUAAAUUCCAUAUCGUGAAUUAUACAUUAUAUUAUUAUAUUUAUUUAUUUUAUAGUUUUUAAAUAAAAACUUCCAGCCAUGAAUGGAUUACUGAAGUUUUUGUGUUUUUUUGUGAGCCAAGUGAAUGUAUAACUUUAUUUUUUUUUUUACUGGCCCGUUUUUUUGGAUAUUACCAGUCACAAAAAGACGUACAAGAAUCCUCGAGUGACUAUGAGAUUCGAGUAGCCCUCGUGAAAGUAAUCGGCAUUUAAAACAUCUGUCGUAAUGAAUAACCUGCGGCUUUUUUAUCUUUUUUACCUUUUCAUUCUCUAUCUUAACGAUGGAGACGCUAUAGACAUAUCACAAUGCAUUGCCCCUUUGGGAAUGGAAGCAGGAAUCAUUCCAGACGCCGACAUCACAGCAAGCUCGAGCUUUGACAGCGGCAACGUCGGACCACAAUUUGCACGAUUAAAACAAGAACGACAUGGUGGUGCAUGGUGUCCAAAACAUCAAGUUACGACGGAACCACAUGAAUGGUUAGAAAUUGAUUUGCAUACUAUGCACGUUAUUACAGCCACUGCGACUCAGGGACGUUUUGGAAAUGGACAAGGAGUUGAAUUUGCAGAGGCGUAUAUUCUUGAGUAUUGGCGACCAAAACUCGGCAAAUGGGUCCGAUAUAAAGGUGUAAAUGGUGAAGAGGUAAUACCUGGCAAUACAAAUACAUAUCUUGAAUCUAAACACGAGCUCGAACCAGCAAUUUGGGCGACGAAAAUUCGAUUUCUACCGUACAGUUAUCACUAUCGCACCGUCUGUAUGCGCGUUGAAUUGUACGGAUGCCCAUGGAAUGACGGUAUUGUGUCAUACUCGAUGCCACAAGGUGAUAAACGUGGCAACUGGGAAUUUUUCGACGCCACAUAUGAUGGAUUCUGGGAUGAUGAAUUGCAACGCGGCUUAGGCCAACUCACGGAUGGUCGUACUGGCCCGGAUGAUUUCAAAAUGGGAUACUACGGCGAUGACCGCAGUCAAGGAUGGGUCGGCUGGAGAAACGACACUCGAGCUGGACAUCCGCUGGACAUUAAAUUUGAAUUCGAUCGUGUUAGAGAAUUUUCUGCUGUUCAUAUCUUUUGCAAUAAUCAAUUUACUAAAGAUGUACAGGUUUUUUCCGAAGUUAAUAUUUCAUUUAGUAUCGGGGGAAAAUGGUACAUAAGUGAUCCAAUAAUUUACGCAUACAUAGAAGAUAAAAUAUUCGAAACACCACGAAAUGUAUCAAUAAAACUUCAUCAUCGUAUUGGUAGAUUUAUAAAGUUACGAUUUACUUUAGCGGCUAAGUGGCUUAUGAUAAGUGAGAUCACUUUUGAUUCUGACAUAGCCCAUGGGAAUUUUACGCCGGAAUCUCCCCCCUCGACGGAGUCACCACGAACAAAGAACCAAAGUACCUCAAAAGAUAUUCCACUGCAAGCGGAAAUUCCUAUCUCUACAGCAAAACAAGACGACCCGACGUACAUGGCUGUAAUAAUCGGCGUACUAACAGCUGUCAUACUUUUACUAGCCGUCGCAAUAUUUUUCAUUGUUUCUCAUCACCGUCAGCGGAAAAAUUUCGCCAGCUCUCUUGAUGCUAAAGAAUCGAUACCUUCUGGUAAUCACCAACAUUUGUCACCCGAAUCAACCUACGGUACAGCUGGUGAAAAAGAUUCGUCAUUAAUGACUUAUAGAGUCGAAGAUUUUGAUGAUCGUUACGCUGGCGCGAAGCUGACGACAUUACCGCGCGAUUUGAACGAUCGUUUGCUUGGUGAUGUUAGACUUGAUGAAUACCAAGAACCUUUUCAUGAAAAUAAAUACAGAGAACCAUCGCAAGCUACUUAUUAUGGUUACAGUACCGUUGUUAUUGACAAUAAGGAUUUGCAUGACAAUAUUGAAUGCUCAGAUCCCACAUAUGAUUAUGCGGUUCCAAUACCAGUACCUAGUACCAGUAGCGAACACGAAAGUGUCUUUUCAAAAACAUCGUCGAGAGGUAGCGCUAAGGCAUGUUUGCAGAGUUUUUUUCCACCGCCACCGCCACCGAUAAGCGUCCCACCAACUCGGGGAUCUAACAACGUAGUCUAUUCAAGUUCUCCAAGCCCUCAACUAAUCUCUGAGCGCGAACGAAGAGGAAGCAAACGUCGGGAGCACACGCACAAUAGAUACGCGUAAGAAUAUACUCACAUUGUGUACUGCAUAUGAUAUGCAACUUUUUUAAUCUAAUGUUUUUUAAUAUCACUUUUACGAAUUCAUACGAUAUUCAUAUUUAUUAUAUCUAUAUUUUGUGUUUUCGUACCUGUGAUUUUUUUAUCAAGUUCAUCCCUCUGUAUAAGUUGCGAUACUGUCAGUUCAUGUUGGACGGAUAUUUAAAUAUAUUGUAUACAUUAUAUGAUAUUAACAUACAAACGUACAUACUAUAUAUAGGAUCGAUUUGUUAAAUUCUUUUUUUGCUAUUAGUAAUUAACAAAUCGACUGCCACGCUAUAAGACUGAAGCUCUAUAAAUUGUGAAACUGAGUAACGAAAAAUCGACAAACGUGUUUGGCUUUUUAUCAAUUUUUGUGCUCCAAAAUUAAAAAAAAAAUCCAAACACACGUACAAUAACUGUAUUAUAUUUUGUUUUUUACUUCUCUUUUAUUUUUUACUAUACAGCAAUUUUAAAUAUAGAAAUAUUCGUAAUCACUUAGAACUUAAUGACCAAUUGUAGAUGUUAAGUGUAAUUGGAAUAGGUGAAAUUUUUGUUAUUUCUCUAUUUAUAAAAAAAACCGACAUCGCCUUCAACGCAACGAGUAAAUAAAAAAUAAUAAGAAUAAAAUUUUAAAAUAAAUAAUUUAAAAUAAAAAGUGAACAGAGAAUUAAAAAAAAAAACAUAAUUUUUAUGAGAAUUGACAAUACAGGGAUAAACCAACAAUAAAAAAUAUCAUGUAUGUAAAAAAAACCCGAUGACGAUUGUGAUAUAGAUAAAAAAGAGACAAAAUGAAGGAUAAAUUAUUGAUGACAAAUUUAAAAAUUUGAGUUGUGACAACAUUGCAAAUCAUAGAGAAAAUAAGAAAUGUUAAUUUUCUUAUUAAUAUAAUAUGAAAUUUAUCAUCUGUGUAUAUAUAUAUGUAUAUGUAUUGGACUGAACUCCGGGUUAAAUCGUUGCAGUUUCCCGUUUAAAUAACAUGGGAAAAAAAAUUUUUUUGGAAUUUUAUACCUCGGUAGUGGCUCAUUGUACAGAUAAGCUCAGGAUAUAAUUUUAUAGGGAAUUGAACGCUAUACAAAAAAGUCUCUUAUUAUUUUUUUAUCAAUUCAACGGUUCAAAAAUUACUGGAACUAGGAGUCAAAUUUAUAGUAAAUUUCGGAGUAUUUUUACUUUUCUGGCGAAACUAUCAGACUUAUCACAAAAUUUUAUGGGAACUUUUUUGUAGAGAAUUUUAUUGCCUACAAAUUAUCUCUGAAAAAUUUUUUCAAAAUUACGCAUUGUUUCCUAGUAAUUUUCAUUUUAAUGUCAAGCUCUUAAACAAAAGAGUGUUUUGAUUUCAAGAGCUUGACUUAAAAAUGAAAAUAACUACGAAACAAUGUGGAAUUUUGAAAAACUUUACCAGAGAUAAUUUGUAAAGAAUAAAAUUGUCUACAAAAAAGAUUCUGUGAAAGUUUGUGAUAAGUCUGAUAGUUUCGCCGGAAAAGUAAAAAGAUCUCUAAAUUUACUGACAAUUUUACUCCUAGUUCCAGUAAUUUUUGAACAGAUGAAUUUUAAAAAAAAUGAAAAGAAUUUUUUUUUGUACAACAUUUAAUUCCCUACAAAAUUAUGUCCUGAGCUUAUCUGUACAAUGAGUUCCUGUGGAGGUAUAAAAUUCGGAACUUAAAUUUUUUUUCUCGUUAUUUAGAUGGGAAAUAAAAAAUUGCGACGAGCAACUAAAUAUUAAGAGCUCAUCUUUUAACAGGCAUCUAAUUUUACCUCCCUGCAACUAUUUAACAAGGGGUUUCGAGAAAAAAAAACAAUAGUCGAUUUUUUCGAAUGAGUCUAAAUGUAUAUAUAUAUGUAUAUAUAGAUAUUCGAUUCAUCGAAGCUUUGUUGGCUUAUUUUUAUGACUUCUAAACUUUUAUAAAACAACGAUUAUAAAAAAAAUGAGCAGCGAUUACAGUUGAUUUUGACUUAUUGUUCAUAUCGUUGAUAAAAAAAAAAAAUUAAGCGAUAGAUGUAUGAAAAACAGUUUCUUAGUCGCAUAUAACUUACGAAUGGAAGCAGUUCAAGUGACGGAAGUAACCACUACUUUUAAAAAGUGGUUCUAUGAUUUUUAAGUGCGUGAUAAAAAAAAAGGGUCACAAUAUGAAUAUUGUUGUCAAAUGGAAACUUCCAUUUGUGAGGUAUUACUAUGCAUAAAUGUAUUCGUUGACGAAAACAAAUGCAUUACUUUAUAUAAAAAAAAAAAAAAAAUUAAGCCUCUAUUUUAUUUAACUAGAAAAUCUAUAAGCGAUUAAUAUUUUUUGUCUCUAGAUCUCUUUUUUUGUUGGGUUUUAUAUCGAGAAUGCAGUAUAAAAUACGAAUAAAAACGAAAAAAAAAAAUAAUAAUAAAUUAAUAAACGAUAAAUGUCAAUUUAUCUGAUGCGUACUGGACGAUCAAAUAUUUUUUAUGUAAUCAUAUAAAUAAUAGAUUACUAAAAAUAAAUAUUAAAUUAAAAAGUCGUAAUGCUGAUACUCUUCUCGAUAUUUUAUUCAUACGAAAUGACAGUGAAAAAUAUAAUAAAUGCAUAAAAAAUAACGUAUGAAAUGAGAAUCUGGUGUGGAUUUGUACCUGUUCAGAAUUUUUGCAAAGAAAACAAAAAGGUAUUUUAAAAAGUUUAUUUUUUAAUUUAAUAUUUAUGAUCCUGAAGUAUGAUCCUGAAUUUAAUCGACGUCUAAUAAUUUUUGAAUUUUUUUAAAAACGAUAAAUCAUUAAAAAAAAAUUAUUUUAAAAAAUUGUACCUGUAGUUUUUUUAAUUUUCUACAUGUGCAUUUUAUUAAAUUUUUUUUUUUUUUAAUUAAUGAGUUGAAAAAAAACAAAAAAUUUUCGAUUGUCUGCUGACUUCAUGAUCAUCUCUGAAGUUAGCCGACAAACAUUUUUGGGUUUUUUUUUUUAACAAGUAAAUUACUAAAAAAAAACUAAAAAUAUGCACCUGUAAAAAAUUGAAAAAACUACAGGUGCAAUUUUUUAAAAUAAUUUUUUUUUUAUAAUUUAUCAUUUUUAAAAAAAUUCAAAAUUUAUUAGACGUCGGCUAACUGCAGUAUAAUUAAUAUUUUUUUUGCAAUCUAAUAGUAUUAUUUGCUCCUUCUACAAGCAUAAAAUUUCUAUUUUAUUUUGAAAAGAUUAAAUUUAUUAAAAAAAAAAAAGUAUUUUGGGAGUAAAAAAUUAUAAUUUAAAUAAUGAAAAUUUUUUUAAGUGGCUUUUAGUUCAUAAGCUUCUGGUAAGCAUGAUAACUUAUUCAAACAUAAUCCAGCUUGUGACUAAUAACGUUAUUAAAUUCUUAAUGUCGUUUCGAAAUGGAUUUUUCGCGAAAAUAAAUAAUUAAUAAAAAAAGUAAAUAAUGCUUUGCUUUUUAUCUUUAUCGUUAAAGUAGAAAAGAUUUAUAAUGUGUAUUUAGAAAGAGAAUUUUUACGCUGACGUUAAUGUAAACAGUAUGAUAUCAAACUCAGCAAUACUAUACAAUUUAUUGUUAGAAUCUUUUUAAAGAAAAUAAAAUUAAAUUAAAAAAAAAAAAAAAAA